AUGGAUAAUUUAAGGCGGUAUUUAUAUUAUGAUGUUUUUCGGAAUUUUGAGCCGGGUGGAGACGACGAUCACCGUCCUCGACUUUUUCACGAUGCUGUGGACCCCUUUGAAGAGCUCUCAAAUGAUAAUUUUAUCAAAGUUUAUCGAUUGACUAAAGAGAGAGUAUCUCAAAUAAUUGACAUUGUGGCUCAUUAUGAACCUGCUCCAAGUAGGCGGUCAGCAUUGGACGUACGUACUAAAGUGCUCACAGCAUUAAGAUUUUUUGCAACUGGAAGUUACCAAUUAGAUGUUGGAUUGGGUCGAUAUUCAGCUGUUAGUCAGCCCUCAGUGAGUAGAUCCAUUCAUACAGUCAUCGACGUUUUCAAUCGAAAUGAAAUAUUUGCGGAAUAUGUCAGAUUCUACAGAAAUAUUGAAGAAGUUCGGGCAUCUCGUGAUAGGUUCUGGCGUCGAUUCCAGUUUCCCAAUGCAAUCGGUUGCAUUGAUGGGACCCACGUGGCAAUUGUCCCUCCCAAAAUUAAUGACCCAGUUCAUCCUGAGAAUGUGUACGUAAACCGCAAAGGGUAUCACUCAUUGAACGUGCAAUUGAUAUGUGAUGCUGAAUUCAAAAUUCUCAACGUCAAUGCCAGAUAUCCCGGGAGUGCCAACGAUUGUGCUAUUUGGAAUGACAGCAAUAUUCAACCGUUGAUGCGAAGAUUGCAUAAUUAUCGCAAUGAACGAUUCUACUUGCUCGGAGAUGCAGGGUACCCCUUACGUCCAUGGCUCAUGACACCAUUCAGGGAUCCAUUGGACAAUUCACCUGAAGCCGCUUUCAAUCGUGUCUUUUGUCGAGCAAGAUCAAUUAUUGAACGUGUCAAUGGAAUUCUCAAGAUGAGAUGGCGUUGUCUCUUGAAACACCGGGUUCUUCAUUACGACCCAACAACUGCAGCCAAAAUUACCAACACUUGCGUGGUUCUCCACAAUAUGGCUAUCAUGGAUGGCCUCAGAUUCCCAGCAGGAGAAGACGACCCAUAUGUAGGCAACGAGGAUUACGGCAUGAUGGACGAUGAAGUACUUGAUGAGAUGAAUAUGCUUAGAAGACGUGUUAAUCCCGAAUUAGCAGCUGGUCGAAGUCUUCGAGAUCGCAUUGUUCGACGAUGGUUUACGUGAGAAUAGAAGCGAAAAUUUUCAGUGUAAAAAACGUCCAAAGAGAGCCACGUGGACUUUUGAAGAAGAGAGA